CUGUCAUGUAAUGAUACACCGUAGUCUCCCUCAGUCUUUAGAUCAUGUUUAUAGUCUCCCUACUUUUCUUAUUGGUGUCAAUAAGCCAUAAAGUGUCCCCAAGUAAUUAAUUUAUUGGGAAUUGGCCUCCCUUGGAUCGGUACUUUAUUCACGGACAGUGUUCAGUGUGGCAGCCGCGUGAAGUAAGGUGGGAAAUAAAGGAGGUAAACACAACAUGUGCAGCUAUCUUCGACUAUAAAACGAGCGUAUUAUUUCACAUUCAACUAGAAAAAAGAUGGAAGCUUCUCCAGAUGAAGUAUCGAAAACAAAAAGUCGUCCAAAUGUGUUAGAGUGUCGAGUUUGUGAAGAUGUAUUCACCCUUCAAGGUGACAAAGUUCCAAGGUUAUUAUUAUGUGGACACACUGUCUGUCAUGACUGUUUGACUCGACUACCAGUCCUUGGGCACAAACUUCACUGUCCCUUUGACAGGCAGUCAACUGAACUUGGCGACUCUGGAGUCUGGGGUCUUAAGAAAAACUUUGCUUUGUUGGAACUGUUGGAACGACUUCAAGUGUUACAAGAACCAUCAGCAAUAAGUGACAAUGAGAGUAGAGAUGACGCUGUUAGAUGUGAUGAAAAUGAAGAACACAUUGCCAACAUAUACUGUACUGUCUGUGAAACUAACUUGUGUAGUGAAUGUGCAGAGGGUACUCACUCCACCAAAACUCUUGUGAAGCACAGAAGAAUUCCUAUUUCUGAGAGACCCAAAGAAAAGCCAAAAUGUGCACAACAUUCAACUCAUGUCAUAGAGUUCACAUGUUUAGAGGAAGAAUGUCAAGAUAACUCAUUGAUGUGCUUUGUGUGUCGAGAUUAUGGUAAACAUCAGGGACAUAAGCAUACUUUACUUGAGAACGAAGCAGAGAACAUGCGUGCCUCUGUGACCAAAGUCAUACAGCAAGUUAGAACCUUUACUGAUGAAGUUGAUGGGUCAGCUGCAAGACUGUCUUCAGUUAUUGAAGCAAUUGAAGGUGGUGUUUUAAUGCAGGAGGAUGAACGAGGAAACCUUGUUGCACAUCAUGUUGCUGGAACUGCAGAAGAUGCAAGAAGUAAAGUGCGAGCAUAUUUUGAUGAUCUUCGAGAAACAGUCAACAGACAAGAAGAGGCUGGACUAGCUGUUGUUAAUAAUUAUGUGAGAGAGAAACUAUUAUCACUCAGACAACAACAGGAAGACAUGGCUGUUUUGAUGUCGCAAGUAACAUCAGUCUGUGUAGAGUGUGACAGAGCACUCAAGAGGAGUGAUGCUGAGGUAAUAGAAGCCAGAAACAGUAUCCAUAGUCUUUUGGAAACAGUACAAGACCAGCAGGAGCAGUUCACCAACAUUGCUAGCCUCUGUGACACAUAUGCUGCCAUCCCUGUUGCCUUUACAAAAGACAAUAGGGUCCACAUAGGCCCAAAAAUGGAGAUGAGAGUAGUCGCACUGGGACUUGAUGGAGCUGGAAAGACUUCAAUUUUAUUUAAAAUGAAGCAUGACGAGUUUGUCUCACCCAUCACAACAAUUGGAUUCAACGUGGAGACUGUUGAACACCGUAGCUUAAAGUUUACUCUUUGGGAUGUUGGUGGUCUGCAGAAACUCCGUCCACUUUGGAGACAUUAUUAUCUUAACACACAAGCUGUGAUCUUUGUGAUUGACAGUAACAAUUUAGAGCGUAUUGAAGAAGCUCAUGAGGAACUUGCAAAAUUAAUGGCGGAGAAAAGACUGAAAGAUGCUCUGUUGUUGAUAUAUGCUAACAAACAGGACUUGCCCAGUGCUCUCAGUGUUGAUGAUCUCACUGAAAAGCUUGCUCUCCAUAAGCUGUGUUGUGGAAGAAGCUGGAACAUAUUUGCCUCUGAUGCACAUUCUGGCAAAGGCCUACAUGAAGGUUUAGACUGGCUUGCAAGACAACUUAUGUCCGAGUUUGCACAAUGACUGAUAGCAGAGGGAUUAAUGUUUUAAGCAUACAGAACAUUUGUGAAGAACUGGUGUGCUGGAGUUAAGAUCAAAAGUAAAGCUCUAGCCAUAUCAGGGAUAGGAAGACAGGUUAGAGGAAGGUAGCUCAGGUAAUAAGGCAGCUAACUUAUAAUUAGACUGGAAAGGUUAGUUUGCCGGCAAGAAGAGUGACCGAGUGGUUUUGGUGCUGAAAUUACAAUGUGUUGGUCCACAAUCCAAGUACCCCAAAUUCUACUCAUUAGAUUUGUUCCUGGUUGUUAUAGAGUUCAACUCCUUGUUUACACUUGUUUUUAGCUGAACUGUCAGUAUUCUACCAGUUAAGAUAUUUAGGAAUCUUGUGAAUAAUAAGGAGUCUUUAGUCUCUUUUAUUUUGGCCACCAUCAGUAGUUAGGUCCCUUCUAUGGUCAUUCUUUUUUUUUAUUUUAAAUUCUCAAUCCUGGACUUUGCCAUAAAAUUUAAAGGUAGGGUAGUUCUGAAAAUGUAUCGGCACUCUUGGUCUUCAUAUGUUUCAUAUGUUUCUGUAAAAUCCGAAGUAAAAAAUGUUCCUCAGAGAGGCUAUAGAGAUAUCUUUUGGAGAAACUUAACAGUUAGUUUUCAGCCUGAUUAUUUGACAGUUUUCAGAGGGUAACAAAGCACUUUGGAAGAAAAAAAUGAAUGUUUCUUUCCAGUUGCAAGAUAUGUCCUAGUGAAAUAAACAAAUAAGGCAACUCCACAUUGAUCCUUUUUGGUAAAAGGCUCAUUCCUGGAGAACAAUACCAACCUGACGAGGUUGUUUUCUUGUACAUCUAUACCAAUUUUCCUUAAAAUAUCUCCUAUAUUAAUGGUAUUAGCAAGUCAGUGGCUUUCAUUCUAAUUUUUGAUGAACAGGUAGUAGAAAAACCCCUUAGCAGUAUCAUGGCUGAAGGAUGAUACUAGAACUGUACUAAUAUUAUUUUCAAUAUUUAUUUCUGUUUCUUUAAGUGAAUGUGAGAUAAAGUACAUUGUAUGUCAAAUAUAAUUCAGUGACAAAGCAGAACUAAUUAAAAGCAAAACUAUUUAAAAUGAA